CUUAUGCAGCGUGCCUUACAAUGCUGACCGCAAAAGCGACAGCAGCGUUACUGGCUCAAUCUUCUGCCUCCGCCUCGCACCGUCGAACCGGCUGCCCCGCCAGUGUCGCCAUGAGCUUCGCACUGGGCCAGAGGGUUUCCAUCAAAGGCCGAUGUGGCGUCGUGCGCUUCUCCGGCGAAACGGACUUCAAGGAGGGCAGGUGGGUGGGCGUGGAGCUCGACGAGCCCGUGGGCAAGCACAAUGGCAGCGUGGGCGGCAGAUCCUACUUCACCUGCGCCCCCCACCGCGGCAUAUUCGUCCGCCCCGAGAGCAUUGCCGCGGUCGGCGUGGGCGGCGCGGCCGCCCGUGCGGAACCGCCCAGCGGCCCGACGCAGCCGCGCCCCGAGCAGCCGCGCGCGAGGGCGGCAGAGAAAGCGGAGCGCGGCGGCCGGACCACUACGAGCACGACGGAGACGGGCAUCCCGCGCAGCCGCAGGAGGAGCUCUGCGUCCUCGGUGCUGUCCGAGAUCGUGCCGGCGCAGUCGAGCGCGCUCAUCUUCAACGCGGACGGCGAGGAGGUCAGCGUCGACGAUCUCAUCGAGGCCCUGGAGGAGGCCCGGCAGGACAACGCGGGCCUGCACGAGCUUCUGCAGCAGCUCAGGGAGAAGGAGCGCGGCCUUCGCCAGGCGCUUCAGGCCGAGGAGGUGCGCAGCGACGCCCAGCUCGACGCCGCCGAGCCGCUCGACGGCGACCCGCUGCGCAGGAUUUGCGGAGCGGCGCUCGAGGCCGACGAGCUGCGCAGCGACGCCCAGUGCGGCGCCGCCGAGCCGCUGCGCGAGGGGUGGACGCUGGAGAACUUCUUCGGGCAGUCCCUGAAUGCCGCAGUCGCGGGCCUUCUUCGAGCAGGGACUCCUUCGAGCAGGGAGAUCGAGCUCAUGAGGGCCAUCGGCAGCUUCACGGACCCGAAGGAGGCCAC